AUGAGUCCUAAUGAUGAAGGCUGCGAUCGAGACGGUUUCGAAAAAGCGUUCUAUACAUUAUCCGGUAGAAUCCGUGAGCUCAUUUCCCCUUCACCGACAUUGCGAGCAUCCAUCUUUUCUCCUCAAGUGUUCGCGAAUCAGAGUGGUACGCACAUUCGGUUGCCUAAGCUAAAUUUACCGACAUUUUUCGGCACAUAUGAUGAAUGGUUCCCGUUUUUCGAUAUUUUCAACUCUGUUAUCCAUUCCAACAUCUCGCUCUCAAAUACGCAAAGAUUUCAGUAUCUGCGAGCGUCACUCAUCGGCGACGCAAGCGCUGUAAUCAGUUCGUUAGAAUUGUCGGACGCUAAUUACGAUGUCGCGUGGGCAAUUCUCAAGGAGCGAUAUGACAACAAGCGCAUGAUUGUUCAAACUCACGUUAGUGCUAUAUUCGAUUUGUUGACUAUGACAAGGGAAAAUGCAGUCGAGCUCCGAAGACUCUCUGACAGCGCCACAAAACAUUUGCACGCCUUUCAGGCAUUCAAGCGUCCCACGACGCAUUGGGACGAUCUUCUCGUUCAUCUUUUAACCUCAAAACUUGAUUCACUCACAUUACGCGAAUGGCGAAACUCAUUAGCGGGCAACGAGCUGUCAUCGCUUAAGCAACUGUUAGAUUUUAUCGCUCAUCGAUGUCAGGUACUUGAGCCUAUCACAAGAGCUGGCUCCACUUCCGCAAGGAAGGUCGAGGCAAAAUCGCAGCCAAAUGCUAAGCGGUCAUCGUGCGCGGCCACCAUUAAACUUAAAUGCAAUUUCUAUCAAGGAGAACACGUCAUUUAUUAUUGCAAAAAUUUCGUGGCACUUCCAAUAUCACAAAGACUCGCGGAAAUUCGCAGUCGCAAACUUUGCGUCAAUUGCUUGCGCUCUUCUUCUCAUGCAUCAAGUAAAUGCACUUCCGGACAAUACAAGGUCUGCCAGGCAAAACACAAUACGUUACUUCAUAUACCCUCUGCCGCGGAUCCAUCCACUAGCAAUACCGAUAAGGAAGUUGCACCUAAAGCAACUCCUCUCUUCCUCCUAUCGAAUUAUGCUUUAGAAUCAUCUAAUAACGAAUAA